GUUUUGAGGGCACUAACACGCCUAUUGCCUUUUAUAGCUCCGUCUCUCAGUGAUCCAUAGCCUAAGGUCACUGAGAGCCGCCGCCUCUACUCCUCAUCCCUUCUCUCUGUCUGUACUAUGCAGGAUAUGAGAAAUAUAGGAUGUUUAGGUGAAAUGUUGCAUAAGAUUGAGGAAGUGAUAGAUCUCUCCUCUCGAGUAGGUAUUUUGAAGCAGACCUCCAACAAUUUUUUUCUUGUCUUUUUUUGAGUUGUGAAAUUUAGAAAACAGUCAAAAUGGUGAAGUUCACAGCUGAUGAGCUCCGCAGGAUUAUGGACUACAAGCACAACAUUCGCAAUAUGUCGGUUAUUGCCCAUGUUGAUCACGGGAAGUCCACACUUACUGAUUCUCUUGUCGCUGCUGCUGGUAUUAUCGCUCAAGAAGUUGCUGGUGAUGUUAGAAUGACAGAUACCCGUGCUGAUGAGGCUGAGCGUGGUAUCACUAUCAAGUCCACCGGUAUCUCUCUGUAUUAUGAGAUGUCUGACGAGUCUUUGAAGAGCUACAAGGGAGAGCGGAAUGGCAACGAGUACCUCAUCAAUCUUAUCGAUUCUCCUGGACACGUCGACUUCUCAUCUGAAGUGACAGCUGCUCUUCGUAUCACUGAUGGGGCUCUUGUUGUGGUUGACUGUGUUGAAGGCGUGUGUGUCCAAACAGAAACAGUCCUCCGACAGGCCCUUGGAGAAAGGAUUAGACCUGUUUUGACUGUUAACAAGAUGGACAGGUGUUUCCUUGAGCUCCAGGUUGAUGGAGAGGAGGCUUACCAAACAUUCCAGAGGGUCAUUGAAAAUGCAAAUGUCAUUAUGGCUACUUACGAAGAUCCUCUCUUGGGUGAUGUUCAGGUUUACCCCGAGAAAGGUACCGUUGCCUUUUCUGCUGGUUUGCAUGGCUGGGCUUUCAACCUAACAAACUUCGCCAAGAUGUAUGCCUCCAAGUUUGGUGUUGAUGAGGGGAAGAUGAUGGAAAGGCUCUGGGGAGAGAAUUUCUUUGAUCCAGCCACAAAGAAGUGGACCACCAAGAAUACCGGUUCACCUACAUGUAAACGUGGAUUUGUUCAAUUCUGUUACGAACCUAUCAAGCAGAUUAUUAACACUUGCAUGAAUGAUCAGAAAGAUAAGCUCUGGCCCAUGUUACAGAAGCUUGGUGUUGUUAUGAAGUCUGAUGAGAAGGAUUUAAUGGGGAAGGCAUUAAUGAAGCGUGUGAUGCAGACAUGGCUUCCAGCUAGUACUGCCCUCUUAGAAAUGAUGAUCUUCCACCUUCCAUCACCUUCUAAGGCACAAAGGUACCGUGUGGAAAAUUUGUACGAGGGACCUAUGGAUGAUGCUUAUGCUACUGCUAUUAGGAACUGUGAUCCUGAUGGCCCUCUCAUGCUUUAUGUGUCAAAGAUGAUUCCAGCAUCUGAUAAGGGUAGGUUCUUUGCGUUUGGUCGUGUAUUCUCCGGCAGGGUCUCGACUGGUUUGAAGGUCAGAAUCAUGGGUCCUAACUAUGUCCCGGGAGAGAAAAAGGACUUGUACGUCAAGAGUGUUCAGAGAACUGUUAUUUGGAUGGGUAAGAGGCAGGAAACUGUUGAGGAUGUACCGUGUGGGAACACAGUUGCUAUGGUUGGUCUAGAUCAAUACAUCACCAAAAAUGCAACCCUGACCAAUGAAAAGGAAGUCGAUGCACACCCAAUUAGAGCAAUGAAGUUCUCCGUGUCACCUGUUGUACGUGUUGCUGUUCAGUGCAAGGUUGCGUCUGACCUUCCGAAGCUUGUUGAAGGUUUGAAGCGUUUGGCCAAGUCAGACCCUAUGGUUGUCUGUACCAUUGAGGAGUCUGGUGAGCAUAUUAUUGCUGGUGCUGGAGAACUCCACCUGGAGAUAUGCUUGAAGGACUUGCAAGAAGAUUUCAUGGGUGGUGCUGAAAUUAUAAAAUCAGAUCCAGUUGUGUCCUUCCGUGAGACAGUUCUUGAGAGGUCCUCUCGCAUUGUUAUGAGCAAAUCACCUAAUAAGCACAACCGUCUGUACAUGGAAGCCAGGCCGUUGGAAGAGGGACUUGCUGAGGCUAUUGACGAUGGACGUAUUGGUCCAAGAGAUGAUCCAAAGCUUCGUUCUAAGAUCUUGUCUGAGGAGUUCGGUUGGGAUAAGGAGCUUGCAAAGAAAAUUUGGUGCUUCGGUCCUGAGACAACUGGUCCAAACAUGGUGGUUGAUAUGUGCAAGGGAGUCCAGUACCUUAAUGAAAUUAAAGAUUCUGUUGUUGCUGGUUUUCAGUGGGCUUCGAAGGAAGGCCCAUUGGCUGAAGAAAACAUGAGGGGCAUCUGCUUCGAAGUUUGUGACGUGGUUCUUCAUGCUGAUGCUAUUCACAGAGGUGGUGGUCAGGUCAUUCCAACUGCUAGGAGGGUUAUUUAUGCCUCCCAUCUGACUGCCAAGCCCCGUCUUUUGGAACCAGUGUACUUGGUGGAGAUUCAAGCACCAGAGCAGGCUCUUGGUGGUAUCUACAGUGUCCUGAACCAGAAACGGGGACACGUGUUUGAGGAAUUGCAGAGGCCAGGUACUCCACUUUAUAAUAUCAAGGCAUACUUGCCUGUUAUCGAAUCAUUUGGUUUCUCAAGUACCUUGAGAGCCGCAACUUCUGGACAAGCCUUUCCCCAGUGCGUGUUUGAUCACUGGGACAUGAUGUCAUCUGAUCCAUUGGAAGCAGGGUCGCAGGCUGCACAGCUUGUGAUUGAUAUUCGAAAGAGAAAGGGUUUGAAGGAGCAGAUGACACCACUCUCCGAGUUUGAGGACAGACUGUGAGUCAAUAAAGGCUUAAACCUUUGUGAAUUUAUUACCUCUGCGCGCUGUAAAAUUUAUAAUUUUUCUGGUUCUUAUAUUUUCGGUGUUCUAUUAAACUCUUGAGUCCGCUCCCAGAUUCUGAUAUUUGUUGCUUUUAGAUGUCACUAGGACAAAGAGUGUUGCUAUUCUUCAUUGCUUUAUCCUGAACCAUUUCCCUUUCGAGAAUCUUGGUAGAAUUUUUUAUUUUUUUA